AUGGAGACCAUCUUAAGUUCACCACGUGCUUUAGUUUUCUUUAUCGUCGUUAUUUUAUCAUUACAAACUCUAGCAUCAAAUCCCAAACCAGUGGAUGAGAAGAGAUUAGUUAAAAGAAUCAAAUCACCAGACGCUGAAGAUAUCGUUAAAUCUGUUAAGAAGGCCUCUUCGCAAAUCGGCGACGUUAUGAAAGGAGAGACUAUCAAGACUGUUAUCACUUGGUACACUGGGCACGAUUUACUCAACCCUUUCUGUGGACGAGAAUCAAAAUGGGCUCCGACGGAUGAAUCUUUAGUCAUUGCUGUCACUCAGAAAUGGAACCUACGACCCGCCUGUGGUGAAUUCUUCGAAAUCUCAGUCGCUGGAGGAAAAUCAGUUGUUGCUCGUGUUGUUGACCUUUGUGGUGGUUGUAAACCCGAAGUUCCACAUGCCGAUCUUAGCAAGGCUGCUUUCACAAAGUUAUUCGACCUAGAUGUUGGCUUUGUUUCUGGAUUGAACAUGCGUAAAGUCGAUCCUCCUAAACAAUGGAAUGAAAAACUUUACGGACCUCGGACUCUAUGA